AUGGUGCAUCGUUUUGGUGGUCUUCAGCCGGCUGGUGCCUUCCCUCGUUCCGUAAUUAGACGCCGUUUGUUGCCAACACUGCCCCAUGCCUUGUUCUACGACCAGACCCACGAUAACGAAUCGCCAGCUUACAAGCGUACCGUCUUUGACUAUGUGCCCUCCGCUGGUCUGUGUGCCAUGUCGUUUUGUGGAACAGCCUCCGUGCGCGGUUUCGACGAGAUGGUGCCCUACAUGAUCGACGUCGUCAAAGAGACUCGAGUCUAUUCUACUUGGGACAAGGAAGUUAACUCUGGCUCAGGCCUCAUUGCUACCAAAGCUGCCCUUAACAAGCUGCACAAGUGGCUAGCUUCUCACCGAUACACCGAAACGUUUGUGGACCAAGUCGACAAAAACGUGGUCGCCGUCACCCGUUUCAAUCCAGAUACUGCGGCCUCCGUGGUGUUGGUCGCGCACUCUUGCUUCUAUGAACGUAACCCCCAUCCUCAGCAUCAACGAUUCCGACAGGUUGUCGUAAACGGUCGUGUUAAGAGGCUGCUGCUGGAAGCACGCACGGUAAAUCAGGCUUCUGGUGACCCUCUAUCCGGAUUCCAACGUGACACUCACUACAUCAACGGCUUGACUAAUGUAAAAGUCCAGCUGCAAGAGGACGUGCCCGUGGAUCAAAGUUCUAUGUUCAGAAUUGUUACUCUCAAUGAGGCUGGUGGCGUUGACGCUCUGGAAUUCUAUGAUUUCCCGCCCGGUUGCAUCGCAGCAGUUUCCGUUUGCCUUACAGAUUCUCAGGCCGAGGCCCUCAGUCGUAUUCGAAGCGUUCUCUUGGGUCAGUUCGGCAAUCGUCUCCGAAACGCCAGUAAUGGACAAGUCCUCGGGCCGGCCAUUGAAUCUGCAACGGAUAACUUGUUGCCCUCGCUCCCAGAAAUAAUGGAAGCUGGUACAAUUUCGAGGCUCGUGGCUGACCUCUCACUGAAUGACAUCAACUGGCUGUUUUAUCGUUGUGAGCGCGAAGAGAACUGCUGCGGUAUUGGGCGGAAGCCAUAUUUUAUUCCUGGCUAUGGCGAACUGCCUUUCUGCGGUCUUCAGGGGGUCUUGUCGGUCCUGCGAACAGUUGCCGAAGAGAAUGACAUGGGCCAUGCGCUCUGCGGGCAUCUCCGUGAUGGCUUAUGGCUGAUGGAUUAUCUGAUCCAGCGCUGUAUGAGCAAUGAUCCGUCGUGUCCCUCAAAAGAAUUAGAUGCACUUGCCCAAGCUGUCCGUCAGAUGGUUGAACCCACAUACCACCUUCCGCGGUAUUUAGUGCCCUCCUCAUUUGGUAUGCUGAUAGGAUGUCUUUAUCAGCGUGUUGCAGACGAGGUAAUUUAUUUUCUUCAUAUAUUUUGGAGAAGUUUGAAUAUUCAAUAUGUAUAUCUGUGCACUUCAGUCCCAUCUGCAGAGAGCGUUGGUAUGUUAUCCAUGCAAGCCUGUGUUAUAUAG